GGAAGGACUGCGGCUUCCUUAACCUGGCCCGCCUUGGUAGCCGCUCAAAGGCGUAAAGUGUCAGCCUGCGAGUUGCAGGCCAUGGCGCUGGCCGCUCGACUAUGGCGCUUCGUCCCUUUGAGACGUGGAGCCGCCCCGGGGUCUUGGCUCCCGACGGGGACUUCCGGCAGCCGCGGACAGUGCGGCCCCGGGCGAUUCCGCGUCUCUGAGGUAAUGAGAAACCCAGGAACUUUCAAAAGAGGCCUUUUAGCCUCAGCCUUGUCUUAUCUGGGUUUUGAAACUUAUCAAGUCAUUUCUCAGGCUGCUGUGGUUCAUGCUACAGCCAAAGUUGAAGAAAUUCUUGAACAAGCAGACUACCUAUAUGAAAGUGGAGAAACAGAAAAACUUUAUCAGUUGCUAACCCAAUACAAGGAAAGGCAAUGGUAUGCAAUCUGCAUUAGCGAUGUUGGAGAUUAUGAAGGCAUCAAGGUUAAAAUUGCAAAUGCAUACAUUAUCAAGGAACAUUUUGAGAAAGCAAUUGAACUGAACCCUAAAGAUGCCACCUCAAUUCACCUUAUGGGUAUUUGUCUGACUUCAAUAGUAUGUCUGGCAAAUUACUUUUUGGAUCCAAACUUCUAUAGCAAAAACUUGCUUCUUUUAGGAAAAACAUACUUGAAACUACACAACAAAAAGCUUGCUGCUUUCUGGCUAAUGAAAGCCAAGGACUAUCCGGCACACACGGAGGAGGAUAAACAGGUACACACAGAAGCUGCUCAGUUGCUUACAAGUUUGAGUGACAAGAAUUGAGAACUUUUGAGAGAAGAAAAUACAUGAAACAUGAUAAACACUGCCUUUUCAUUGAAUUAUAAAGAUAAUAUAUUAACCAUAACUGUUCUUUGGCCGUUUUU